AUGCCGCAUAUGCCAACAGCAGCGUACCGAGUCGGCUGCCCACCCGCGGCAAGCCACUCCAGCAGCUCGAGCAAAGCUGCAGCUGGUUCUUCUAUACCGAAGGACAAAACCUCUCCUCCAUCUUCGCAGUCACGACGACUACGAUCAAGCUCGACGCCUCCCAAGACGCCGAGACCAAGAUCAACGCAGCCGCAUGCAGAUCCAGGCGGGGAGUACUACUUCGACCUCAAGUUGGAGGAAAAAGGCGAGCUGGAGGCAGUCAAUGUUUUUGCCAGGUGCUUGACUGGCGUGGAUGAUAUGUCCAAGGAGGUUUUCUAUGAGGUCAUGCGGACAAGUGCGGGCUUCCAGGCUACUCUGCGAAUGCCUGCCUGGAGCCUUAGCAAGACCUACGAGGGAGAGGUGAUGCCGAAUGAGAAGCGAGCAAAGCAGUCGGCGGCCUCUGUCUUCAAGACAGAUCCGGAUGUGCUGGAAAGGUCUCGCAAGUUCCCCAAAGGGGUAAAGCGUUUGACAAAUAUGGCAAUUGUUGACGGAUUUAGACAGAAACGCCGUCUUGCUCAAGAGACGCGUAAUCAACAUGCACACGCUUGA